GUCUUCAUGGUCAGGGUGCUGUUCGCAGCGUGGGCGCUGAUGCCCAAAGGGGACCUCUGGCUCAACCUACGCACGAGGGAGCUUGACUGCUCGGUCCGCCUUGGAUACCGUGAGUUGCUGGACGGCACGGCGCUGCUCAUGGCCAAGCAGUUCCCGCGGCCACAGAAGUACACUCGCGUGCACAGGCUCCCAGAGAAGCAUG